AUGGCCGGGUGCCCCGCAGCCCUGGGUUCCGGGUUCGAGGCGCUGCCCCCGCUCUACUACGCAUUUCAGUCUCUUGGCUUCUCGGGGCCUCCAGUCGCCGGGGCCGCCGCCGCAGCUUCCCGCGCGAUCUCGUCACCGCGGCUGCACUCGCUUUGUGGACGCCAAGCAGCGGGGGCGAACCUGCGUCUCCCGGUGCGGAAACAGAAAAUUCACAGCAGAGACAGGCCACACAAAUGUAAGAAAUGUGGGAAAGCCUUUAGUGAAGCCUCAACCCUCACAGAACAUAGAAGAACACACCAUGAGGUCAGGCGAUUUAAAUGUACAGAAUGUGAGAAAGCCUUUAGUAAGCCCUCAAAGCUCUCUGUACAUAUGAGAACUCACAGUGGAGAGAGGCCCUUUGCAUGUAAGGUAUGUGGGAAAGCCUUUGUGGAAAAGUCAGCCCUCACUAAACAUAAAACCACUCACACUGGAGAGAAGCCUUAUGAGUGUAAGGAAUGUGGGAAAGGUUUCAAUUGUUCCUCAGACCUCACUAAACAUAUGAGAAUUCACAAUGGAGAGAAGCCUUACACAUGUCAGCAGUGUGGGAAAGCCUUUAGUCAGGCUCCAGCCCUCACUAAACAUAAACAAACUCACAGUGCAGAGAGGCCUUAUGAAUGUAAAGAGUGUGGAAAAACCUUUAAGUGGGCCUCAUACCUCGAUAUACAUGGAAGAAUUCACAGUGGACAGAAACCUUAUGAAUGUAAGGAAUGUGGGAAAUCCUUUAUUCAUUCCUCAGCCUUUAGUAAACAUAGGAGAAUUCACAGUGGAAAGAGGCCUUAUGAAUGUAAGGAAUGUGGGAAAACAUUUAGUUGUUCCUCAUAUCUCAGUAGACAUUUAAAAACUCACACUGGAGAGAGGCCUUAUGAAUGUAAGGAAUGUGGGAAAGCCUUUACUCGUUCCUCACACCUCAGUAAACAUGUGAAAAUUCACAGUGGAGAGAAACCGUAUGAAUGUAAGGAAUGUGGGAAAGCUUUUGGUACUUCCUCAGCCCUCACUAAGCAUGCAAGAACUCACAGUGGAGAGAAGCCUUAUGAGUGUAAAGAAUGUGGAAAAGCCUUUAGUUCUUCCUCAUCCCUUUUUAUACAUAAAAGAACUCAUACUGGAGAGAUGCCUUACGAAUGUAAGGAAUGCGGGAAAGCUUUUAGUCAGCAGCAUCUGCAGGACUGUGAUGGAGGUGACAUUGAUGUCAGCAAGGACAGCGUGGGGAGGAGGAAGGAUGUGCAUGUGGAGCUUGCAAUUAAGCUUGGGGAUGCGCUCUGGCGCCGGUGUGGGGCAGCUUUUCCUCAGUCGCCAGUCAGCCAGCUCGGCUGGCGGCUGUUCGCGCUCCUGCUCAGUUCUGAGAGAGAUUUUCCAGCCAUAGUCAUCAGCUGCUACCGUAAUGGCUCCCCCGCAGGCUCCAGUCCCGGUCCGAGGCGCUACUCCCGCUCUCCCGCGCACUCUCGGUCUCUCCGUCUCCCAGAGCCUCAGGACCUCCUGUCGCCGGGCGCCGCCUUUGCCGCUUCCUGUGCGAUGCUGGUCCGACGGCCGUAG